GGUACAUUCGCCGAUAGCGGCCCGGUAAUUGCUCCGCUGAAUAAAGCCAGCAAACGUCUCUAGUCGCGUCAUUCUCGCUUUCCUUUUGCCGCGUCUUCGCUUUCUUCCCAUCUGACUCACUUCUUUCGCUCUUUCAUACCUCGACAUGCCCAUUGCCGUGCCCAGCAACGGAGCGUCGACUCCAAAGCCAAAGAUCCUCAUCCCAGAGAAGGUCUCUCUAGAUGGAUUGGCUUUGCUGCAAGCCUCAUUCGAGGUUCACGAGAAGAAGGGAUUGAGCGCGGAGGAGCUCAAGGCCAUCAUACCCGAAUACGAAGCCCUCAUUGUCCGGUCUGAAACUAAAGUUACGGCUGAUCUGCUCAAUGCGGCCAAGAGACUGAAGGUCGUGGCCAGAGCUGGCGUUGGCGUUGACAAUGUCGAUGUCGGCAGUGCGACGAAGCAUGGGAUCAUCGUGGUGAACUCGCCUGUAGGAAAUAUCAAUGCUGCUGCGGAGCACACGAUUGCGUUGCUAAUGGCAGUCGCUCGCAACAUUGGCGAUGCAAGCUCAAGCAUCAAGGCUGGAAAAUGGGAGAGGAGUCGUCUGGUGGGCGUGGAAGCAAAGGGAAAGACGCUUGCAAUUGUCGGUCUCGGAAAAGUUGGUCUUACCGUGGCUCGUAUUGCGAAUGGCUUGGGAAUGAGUCUGAUUGCAUAUGACCCAUACGCAAAUCCUUCUCUUGCGGCAGCAGCUUCAGUCACCUUGAGACCGGCCUUGGCCGAACUUCUCAAAGAAGCCGACUUCUUGACUCUACAUACUCCUCUCAUCGCAUCGACCAAAGGCAUGAUCGGAGCCACGGAAUUGGCUACAAUGAAGAACACCGCGAGAAUACUGAACGUUGCAAGAGGUGGUAUGAUUGACGAAGCGGCUCUUCUGGAUGCCUUGAACGCUGGGACCAUAGCUGGAGCUGGCAUUGACGUCUUCACUUCCGAACCACCAGAGGCUGACUCGACUGCAUCACGUCUCAUAUCACAUCCCAAGGUUGUAGCCACCCCGCACCUUGGCGCAUCAACGGUAGAAGCCCAGGAAAACGUAUCGAUAGACGUCUGCCAGCAGGUCAUCGCAAUUCUGUCAGGAGAACUUCCCCGCUCAGCCGUCAAUGCUCCCAUCAUCCUACCAGAAGAAUACCGCACUCUUCAGCCAUUCGUACAAUUGGUGGAAAAGAUGGGGUCGCUCUAUACCCAACACUACAGCCCUCACAUCAACCCGAGCUCUAAAUCCUUCCGCACAACUUUCGAUCUGACGUACGAGGGUGCACUUGCCACUCUCAAUACUACUAAACCACUCUUCGCCGCUCUCGUCAAAGGCCUACUUACUCCCAUUACCUCGUCCGAUGGCUUGAAUAUCAAUAUCGUCAACGCGGAGAUAUUGGCUAAAGAACGUGGCAUCCUUGUCAACGAGAACCGCAGCCGUGAAAACGUCGAAGACAAGCCCUACUCCUCUUUCGUCACCCUCCGCGCUCGCACCUCUCGCUCAACGUCACAAUCCCGGACUCCUUCUCCUGAGCUAAAACGAACGAUUUCUCAGGCUACUAUACCGCAAGACCAAGACGACCAAGUCAUCCAGGGAUUCGUUUCCGCGAACAAACCGUAUAUUUCCAGAUUGGACCGCUUCAAGGGCGAGUUUAUUCCUUCUGGCACUCUGAUCAUUUGCCGAAACUUCGACUCCUGUGGCAAGAUUGGCUUCGUAGGCUCUGAGCUUGGCAAAGCGGGCGUCAAUAUCAAGUUCAUGAAUGUGGCGCCGCUGCAUGAGGACGAGGAGGGUAAAGAGGGUGACACCGAAGGCAAUGAAGCUCUCAUGAUUCUUGGAGUGGACAGGCCGGUAGGCGAUGAUGUCGUGAAGGGACUAAUCUCAGAACAGGGCGUGUUGGAGGUGAGCGUUGUCACUUUGUAAGAAUGGAGGACGAAUACAAUUUAACUACAGUAGGGAUUCCCUACGGCCCUUUUCAACAUAAUUAUCGUGUACUGAAAAAUGGGAUGCAUGGCAAGCGACAGGCACAAUCCGAAAAAUCUUAGGGAGCA